UAACACAAAAAGUCUUCAGCAAUAUUUUACCUCAUUUCCCUCACCUUACUACCUCCUAACAAUACUUACCUACCCUUUUAUACAAUAUAAACACUUCCGUGGUUCAAUCAUAUAAACAUGGCGAGUAAUAGUCUUGCGCCUCCUAUGUUGGUGGUCGACACACGAACACGCCCGAGGAGCGAUACAAACGAAACUAGAGUGAUGACACCAGGGUCUUUCGUCUCUAACAUAUCGAAUAUAUCGAACCCUUUUCUAACGCCAGCUAACUCCAAUAACCCCUUCCUGACACCAGCACAAUCCGACUGUGGAUCAAGCGUGAUUUCGGUGGACCCCGAUGCGGCUCUCCGUCCAGAUCCGGGUACAGAAAAUGAUUUCGACGUGGAGAAUAACCCCUUCGCUUUCAGUCCUGGUCAACUCGGCAAGCUUCAAAAUCCAAAAUCCCUACCUGCAUUUUGGGCUUUGGGGGGACUUUCCGGGAUAACAAGGGGUUUGCAAUCUGAUAUAAAUUCCGGCCUAAGUAUGGACGAGACUUCGGUGCGAACAUCUGUCACAUUCGAGCAAGCUGUUAGAAGGGCAUCCAAUAAGUUCCUCGAGUUACCGGAGCGAACGUCGAAACCCGAGUCUGACUCCUUUCUUGACCGCAUCCGAGUUUUUGGGAGGAACGUUUUACCGGCGAAGAAGGCGACGCCGAUAUGGAAGUUAAUGUGGAACGCUUUUAACGACAAGGUCAUCAUCUUAUUGACGGUAGCGGCAGCAAUAUCGCUUGCAUUGGGCAUAUACGAAACUGUAGGAACGGUACCUGAACCAGGAGACCCGCCCUCCGUCGACUGGGUUGAGGGUGUCGCAAUCAUCAUUGCCAUUCUCAUAGUCACCCUCGUGGGAUCCCUCAACGACUGGCAAAAAGAAAGAGCUUUCGUAAGGCUCAACGCUAAAAAGGAAGACCGAGAGAUCAAGGUAAUCCGGUCUGGGAAAUCUUAUAUGAUUAACGUUCACGAUAUCCUUGUCGGAGAUGUCCUACAUCUCGAGCCCGGCGAUCUGGUUCCCGUCGACGGAAUUUUCAUCGGCGGCCAUGAUAUGAAGUGUGAUGAAUCUUCAGCGACUGGUGAAUCCGACGCCAUCAAGAAGACACCAGGCGAACAGGUCAUGAUAGCACUCGAAUCAGGGGCGAAUCAGAAAGGUCUAGAUCCCUUCAUCAUUUCAGGCUCCAAAGUGCUUGAAGGAGUUGGUACAUUCCUAUGCACUUCGGUCGGCGUGCAUUCCAGCUUCGGAAAGAUCAUGAUGUCUGUCCGAACUGAUAUCGAGGCGACUCCGCUACAGAAAAAGCUCGAAAGACUCGCAGUUGCCAUCGCUAAAUUAGGUGGUGCUGCGGCCGGCCUUCUAUUCUUCGUCCUCCUAUUUCGCUUCGUAGCCAAUCUAUCAACCGACGCCCGUACGAGCUCGGAGAAGGCCUCCGCCUUCUUAGACAUUCUAAUCGUUGCUGUAACCAUCAUCGUUGUGGCUGUGCCGGAGGGGUUGCCCCUGGCGGUUACAUUAGCGCUGGCCUUCGCCACCACCAGACUUUUAAAGGAGAACAAUCUCGUACGUGUGCUUCGCGCCUGUGAAACUAUGGGUAACGCCACCGCCAUUUGCUCCGACAAGACCGGAACCUUGACUACGAAUAAGAUGACAGUCGUGGCUGGGACCUUUGGCCAGACGACGUUCACUAAAUCCGAAAGCGAGAAGUCUGAUACCCAAACCAUCUCUCAAUGGGCAUCCAAUAUUUCCCAGAAGACCAAGGAUGCCGUUGUACAAUCCGUGGCAAUCAACUCCACCGCAUUCGAGGGCGAGGAGUCCGGCCAAUUCACAUUUAUAGGUUCCAAGACCGAAACAGCACUUCUCCAAUUAGCCAGGGAUCAUCUGGGUAUGCAAUCCCUGGCUGAAGCUCGAGCAAACGAAGAGGUUGUGCAGAUGAUGCCUUUCGACUCAGCCAAGAAGUGCAUGGGCGCGGUCAUAAAGUUGCGAGAUGGAUCUGGAUAUAGGCUCCUGGUGAAGGGAGCAUCUGAAAUUCUCCUUAAUUAUUGUAGCGAGAAGGCAGAUGCCGAGUCACUUGCUACCAGUACCCUGACUAUCGACGACCGCAAUGGGUUAAAAUCCGUCAUUGAUUCCUACGCGAAGGGCUCGCUUAGGACCAUCGGAAUUGUCUACCAGGAUUUCAUCCAGUGGCCUCCUGUUAACGCCGAGGUGGAAGAUGGACACGUGAAAUUCGAGUCGGUGCUCAAGGACCUUGUUUGGCUUGGUCUGGUCGGCAUCCAAGACCCUGUUCGACCUGGAGUUCCUGAGGCUGUCCGCAGAGCACAAAAGGCUGGCGUUGUCGUCCGCAUGGUAACUGGCGAUAACGCCGUGACUGCUCAAGCGAUAGCCACGGAAUGUGGUAUCUAUACGGAUGGCCUUAUUAUGGAAGGCCCUGACUUUAGGAGGCUUAGCGAGGAGGAAAUGGAUGCCAAACUGCCGAAGUUGCAGGUACUUGCACGAUCAUCACCUGAGGAUAAAAGAGUCCUGGUUGCAAGACUUAAGGCUCUUGGAGAAACGGUAGCUGUUACUGGAGAUGGUACCAAUGAUGCACCAGCUCUUAAGACUGCUGAUGUCGGGUUCUCGAUGGGGAUCUGUGGAACUGAGGUCGCUAAGGAGGCUUCGGAGAUCGUACUGAUGGACGACAACUUUACUUCUAUUCUGACUGCUCUCAAAUGGGGACGAGCUGUCAACGAUUCCGUCCAGAAGUUCCUUCAGUUUCAAAUCACUGUCAAUAUUACCGCCGUGCUUCUUGCUUUCAUUUCCGCCGUGGCCGAUCCUGAUUCGCAUUCCGUACUUACCGCGGUGCAACUCCUCUGGGUUAACCUCAUCAUGGAUACCUUCGCAGCCCUAGCACUCGCAACUGACCCCCCUACCGAACGAGUUUUGGACCGUCUACCCCAGCCGAAAAGCGCUCCUAUCAUUACGACAAACAUGUGGAAGAUGAUCAUCGGACAAGCCAUCUUCCAACUCGCCGUCACACUCGUUUUAUACUUCGCAGGUUCCUCGAUCUUGGGCUACGACCCUGACGACGAAUUGCAACAGACCGAGCUCAAGACCAUGGUAUUCAACACAUUCGUGUGGAUGCAGAUCUUCAACGAGUUCAACAACCGCCGCCUCGACAAUAAAUUCAACAUAUUCGAGGGUGUACAUCGCAACAAAUUUUUCAUUUUGAUUAACUGUAUCAUGAUCGGCGCUCAAAUCGCUAUCAUUUUCGUUGGGGGAACCGCAUUCGAGAUCACGGCCAUAGACGGCACACAAUGGGCCAUCUGUGUCAUCGCAGCCGCGGUUUCGCUCCCGUGGGCUAUCGUUGUUCGCCUGUUCCCUGACGCGUGGUUUGCCGCGAUCGCCAAGACGGUUGGCACUCCAGUCGUCAUAGUAUAUAAGUACCUGGCCAACCUAUAUAACAAGGUUAGUGCCAUCUUCAGUAGACUAUUCAAGAGGACCAGGAAAUCGACCCCUGAAGAAAAACUUGAAGAAAAGCCACAAGAAAAUGACGAAUCUCGGGAGAGAGAAAGAGGUCCCGAGAUCGUUGUAUCCGAGGGUGACGACUAUUUCCAUCCCAGUAACGCACCGGAAAUACAAAUAAUAGAGGACUUGGAACAAGGACGGAGAUAAAUUAUGAAUGUAUAUAUAUGUAUUAUAGAUAGACAAUUUGUAGAUAGUGACGAUUGAACGAAAUAUAUUACCUGAAGC